GGCGUGGCAGCCGUGGUCGCAGUGCUGGGGGUGGCUGGGCGCUGGGCGGGGCGGGCGGCCCCAUCAGCUGGUAGGAAAUGGCCUGUGAGUCAGAGGGGCAGCUGAGUCUGCGGCGCGGAGCCGGGGCGGCCCCGGGGAGGGACCGUCGCAGGGAGGGGUGCAACAGCAGCUAGAGGGGCUGCGGACGCCAGAGCCCGCUAGUGUUGCACACGAAGCUGAUCAGGGAAGGGCCAAGCAGAGCAAGGCUCUCAGCCUAAGCCACCCUUUGUCUGGGUUGGGGGCCCGUAGUAGGGGGGACUGGUUAUCCGAGGGGAGGGACCGGGACGGGGACGGGACCGGGACGGAAGGGCCCGGAGCAGCGGCCACCGCGGCGGAGCCAAUUUGGGAGCGGGGGUCCAACUGAGCCCAGAAGCUGCACGGAAUGGUGGCAGCCACCUUGCCGGUGCAGUGGGCAUGGACCAGACUGCAAGCUAGAGGGACAAGACAUCAGACAGGAAGAGAGGACACGCGCCCAGGCUUGAGGCUUCUUCAUCGGGGUAACGUCCAGGAAAGUGGGGGUGGGGGUGGUGCUGGGGGUGGGGAUUGCAAGUCCAUUGAGAAACUGGAGCUGUAAUGUGCCCCUCCUGGGAGUGCCAAGAGUGGUCUCUGACUUCCAUUGGUCUGUCCAGGGAUAUGGGCAACUUUACCUCCCCAAACUGCUCAAGGUCAUCUGUGGACCGAGGGAGGAUCUGAAACUGAGCUGAAAGAAAGAAGACUCCUUGGGUCUCAUGAUCUCCUGUUUUUCUUUCCUUCAGAUGUCCCCAGGCCCCCCAGCCCAGGCCCAGCAUAAAGGCCGUGUGGGGGGGCCCCCCUGACCCAAGGGGGGCUUCAUGCGCCACGUGCAGGCGGAGCUGUCUCCAUCCUCAGAGCCAGAGGCUGGCCCUUCACAGCCUCCAGUCAGACAGGGGACCCUCCAGGGUGGCCUGCUCAUGGGCUACAGCCCAGCAGGGGGGGCGACAUCCCCCGGGGUCUACCAGGUAUCCAUCUUUUCCCCUUCAGCUGGUGCCUCCGAGCCUCCUAGGGCUCUGAAGCGGCCGGCCCCUCCCACCGAGGGUCCCCGGGAGCUGAAGAGAGGCCCUGGGCUGGGGGCCAGAGAGGGACUACCCCCUGAAGAACCAUCUACUGUGGGACUCUUGAGCCCAGAGGGACUGGGUCUGGGACUGGGUGUGGCUAGCCAGCAUUUCUCCCACCAUGGCCUCUGUGUUGUGGAGCACGGAGGUAAUACCACCUCACCUUGGACUUCAGGGACCCAGAGUACACCCUGGCUCUCAUCAAAUGCUUCCUUCAAUACUUUGCACACCAGAGACUGGGCUUUCCCAGAUCAAGGGGGACAGGGGUGCCUGGGGGAGACUCCAGGGCCAGCCCCUUCAGGCCAGCUGCACACACUUGACACUGAUUUGCACAAUCUUGCACAAAUAGGGGGUAAGAGCCCAGUGGCUAGGGUGGGCAACGGGAGCAACCCCUGGCCUAGGGAGUCCCAUGGAACUGCCAAUGGGCACAGUCCCGAGCACACACCCCCUGGCCCUGGACCUCCUGGCCCCUGCCCCACCAAGCGAAGGCUGCUGCCUGCUGGAGAAACCCUUGAUGUCAGCUCUGAGGAUGAGGGGCCAGCCCCUCGGAGGCGCCGGGGAACCCUGGGCUGCCCUCUUGCUGCCAAUAGUUCUGAUGCCAAAGCCACACCCUUCUGGAGCCACCUGCUGCCUGGGCCCAAGGAGCCUGUUUUGGACCCAACAGACUGCAGUCCCAUGGGGCGGAGGCUGAAAGGCGCCCGUCGCCUGAAGCUCUCCCUUCGAACUCUCCGGAAGGGGCCAGGCCUGCUGAGCCCUCCCAGUGCCUCCCCCUUUCCCACCCCUGCUGUCAGCCGGACCCUGCUGGGCAACUUUGAGGAAUCACUGCUUCGAGGACGCUUUGCACCAUCUGGCCACAUUGAGGGCUUUACUGCAGAGAUUGGAGCCAGUGGGUCUUACUGUCCCCAACAUGUCACGCUGCCCGUCACUGUCACCUUUUUUGAUGUUUCUGAGCAAAAUGCGCCGGCCCCCUUCCUGGGAGUCGUGGACCUGACUCCUCUGGGGAGGAAGGGUUACAGUGUGCCCAAGGUGGGCACCAUCCAAGUGACCUUAUUUAACCCCAACCAGACUGUGGUGAAGAUGUUCCUUGUGACCUUUGACUUCUCGGACAUGCCUGCUGCCCACAUGACCUUCCUGCGCCAUCGCCUCUUCUUGGUGCCUGUGGGUGAGGAGGGAAAUGCUAGCCCCACCCACCGCCUCCUCUGCUACUUGCUGCACCUCAGGUUCCGGAGCUCUCGCUCAGGCCGCUUAAGCCUGCAUGGAGAUAUCCGCCUGCUUUUUUCCCGCCGGAGCCUGGAGCUGGACACGGGGCUCCCCUAUGAACUUCAGGCUGUGACUGAGGCCCCCCAUAAUCCACGUUAUUCACCUUUGCCCUGAUCGCAAGCAUCCUGAACCUAGGUGGGCCCAAAGCCUGCCUGUCCUACCAUCCUGGACAGGGUAAACUGUGGAGAAAUGGCGAGAGCCCCUUCAGGCUUGAAUUAAAGUCCUCAUCCCGCUCACGCCCAAAUUGACUAUUUGGGUGUUUAAAGCUUCGGUCCUUCCAUACCCUGUCUGCUCUGGGUACUUCAUGUGCCUGUCCCCUCCCUUGGGUUUCCCAGGCCAGCUUAGGUAGUUAGGGAGGAACCAGAGCUACCCUGAGAUUGUCCCAAGUUCCCAGGCAAGUAAUGCCAGCGUUGCCUCCCUGUCCUGGGCAGGGGCCACUUAUUAUUUUAUUUAUUUUUAAUUUAUAAUUUAUUCAAAUUGGAUUGCCUUGGUGACCUCCCAAACCUGAUAAUUGGCAUCACCCCACUCUCAGAUAUUGCUCCAACCUCAGGACUUGAAGAAGCUGAUGUCGGGGCAAGGGGAGAGCUGCUCUCCUCUGGCUAAGGGCAGAGGGUUUAUUCCAGAGGAACUGAGUCACUUAGCCAAAGACUCAGCUUCCCUCGGCUUUCUCUAUUCCUUUUCCCUUUCCUGCCCUUCAACCCAUCUUCGAAAGCCUGUAUGUGUGGUGUGUGUGUGUGUGUGUGUGUGUGUGUGUACAGCUGUGUGCGUGCAUACAAACUUGGGUUUGUGUAGGGUGUGUGUGUGAGAGAGAGACAGAAUGUGCAUGUAUGUGUAACACAGGGGUUUAGCCACCUCUUACCUAGGGCUCAGACUCACUUGUCCCUCUCCUCCUGCCUGUGUCUCCUUGCUUUGGUGUCCUGACUGAGGAAGGUGUCCAGGGACAGAGUCAGGCCUAAGGACUGGGGAACCUCCUCUCACCUGACCAGACUCUGACCCACCUACCUCAGCUGGGAUGAGGGGUGCCCCUCAUUCAGUCACAUGGUUCCCAGUUACUCCACUCCUCACUUAAGACUCUGACCCAGCCUCAACCCUUAACUCUUGGGGCUUGGCUGAGGGGAACAAGCAUUUGCUGAAACUUGAAAAACAAAACAAACAAACAAAAAAAUGGGAAAAAUUGUACCUGGUACAUUUUUUAAGGAAAAAAAAAAGAAUAAAUUCUUGUUUGGAAACUUGAA